AUGGGAAACGCGACUUUUGAUGCUAUUUUGUUGGAGCCUGCCCUAGACCCGCCACCUGGUGUGGUGGCCGACUUUGCCAAUCCUGGUGGGAGCCACAAUCUUGGGUAUGGCAUCGUCAUCGAAGACUUCUUGAUGGUUGCAGCAUUGGGCGUAUUCGCCGGAAAUCAAUACAUGACCUGGAACCUCUGCAGAUGGCCAGGUGUAUGGGUUCAUCAAUGGAACGUGGACAACAAGACACUCAUUGACUUCCUCCAUGGCUCGCAUCUGGGUGCUGUUUACUAUGGACCAGUCGCCAUGUGCAUAAAAGUCGCCAUCUUGGCUAAUUGGCUUCGCAUAUUCGUCCCAACAGGAACGCGCAACGCCUUCUACUGGACCCUCCAUGUGUUGAUCUGGACCAAUGUACUUUACUACACCAUUACGACCUUCACUGAAGUGUUCCGCUGCUGGCCGCGUGAGAAGAUCUGGAAUCCCUGGUUUGAAGGUGGCACGUGCUCUGUCGACGUGUUGGGACAGAAUCUCGCGACUAGUGUUCUGAACUUCAUCUCGGAUACAGUCAUCCUCGCUAUUCCACAAUGGGUGAUCUGGCAUCUGAAUAUGUCGCGCGACCAAAAAGUAGGCCUAUCCCUGCUCUUUGUCGUAGGUCUCGGGGCAUGGACCAUGGGAGUGGUGCGUACAGUAUAUUUCGUCAACUUACUCCACUCCGACGAUGUUACUUAUCAGAUGACUGGCGUCGCCUUAUGGACUAUCUGGGAGGUCACAACCGGUUUCCUUAUCAUGGGGAUACCCGCGUUUCCUCGGAUCGCCAAAGCUGUACCAGUACCGGAUGCCGUAUCAUCGUUUUUCCGCUCGUUGUCGAGCGGCAGCAGACAGAAUGGCUCAUCCAGACCAAAGAAAUGGCAGGUGAUGUACAAGCCGAAGUCUCGACAGCGUCGCAGCGUGUUUGAGGUUGAGAGCGAACUGAAUACGCACGACCUGUUGUCGACAAGCAGUGUUGAUGAUUCUAGAAGCAGAAGCGACGAUGUUCGGGACCCAGAGAUGGUACAUGUACGUGUAACGAAAGGGGUUGCUCAGAACAGGCAGCUGCAGACUGUCUAA